AUGCCACACCUCUGGACACAGACGUCCUCGUCCAAAGAAACCGACUUCGCCGCCAACCUUGCCACGCAAAGUGGGGAUCAAUCAGAUGACGACGACGACGACGACGAUCAGUACAUCGACGAAGUCCCAUCCUCAUCGACCACCGCCAAAAAUACUGUCUCCAACGAGAUCCUUGGGCUACCAUCAGACCUCAAUGCCGCCGAGCGAAAGGAGUUCGAGGUCGAGGUGUUAGCGGAGUACGAGCUUCGCUUGCGCAUUGGCCAGGCGUUUGACCUUCUCGAUGAUGUCCGGCAUGCUGUGAAGCAUCUCGCCGCAUACAUCGAGGACAAGCGACACACGGGUCACACCACCAAGGACAACAUGCGGUCGAACAACAUCUCCAAGUUUUCGCGGGCCCACUGCCAACGCGUGGCCAAGCGAUACAACUAUGUCUUUGAUCGGCUUGUAGCCUUGCGCACUCACCCGCCCGGCAGAUGCGAUCCUGACUACCAUCUGCAGCGGAUCAACCUUGACAAAGACCUUACGAUCGUCAACCUCAAAGUGGCUCGAGAGAAGACAGACAGCCAGCGGGAGGGCUCGUGGAUUUGGUGGGCCUUCGAGGAUGCGAUGGAAUCAACGCCUGCAAGCGCAGCGGGCAAGCGCAAGAAGGUGGAUCGCGCACAGUGGUUUCGUGCGUGGCAAGAGAAGCUUCGUUACGACGAAGCGGUGAAUAUUGUGUGCGCAGACUUCCGUGCCACUAUCCGUGGCUAUGACCAUAUGGCUAGACUCUGGCUUGCUGCCGCUACGCGCACAGACUCGCCUCCUGGAGACUGUGCUUAUGCGCAUCAACGUCACACCAUGUUCACCCGCAUGCGCGAUGAAUGCCAAGCCCACUACGACAAGGAGCGCAAGGCCGGUAUCAGCGCGGACACGCUUGAUCAAGGCAAGGUAAGUCAUCUAUGA